AUGACUCUCUAUGAAGGAAAGUAUAUUGCAGUGCCAAAUGACAACACACAUUUCAAGUCACGAUUCGACAACUUCGGCACGUGGCUGAAAUAUGUUGGAAUUCGAUUGCCAAAUCCAUUCACAGAAGUUUGUUAUGGUGGGAAUUUUGCCAUAAAGCUGAGUAGAGCUCGUAAACUAACCAACGAGCUGCAUGCGAUGGAAUCGAGUCUUAGACGAGGAGAUAACAUCGAAGAGGGGCAUUUUGCUGAACGUGCGUGGGCAGGCAUUUUUUCGAAACCUUUGUCAGAAGAACAACAGCUACGUUUGAAAAGUAUCAAGAUUGAUUUGUUUUCUUCUAAAGAAAGUGCAAAAAGUGGGGGAACCAUACCUGUACCUUAG